AUGCCAAAGUGCCGGGACGGCGAGGCGCUCCGAGUGCCGCUGGAGAAGGCGUGCGCACGCGUUGAGGCGGCGGCCGGCAAAGAAGCGGGCGCGCGGAGGCGCCUUACCGGCGUCGCCACCGCCUACUCGUGUCUGCCUCACUACCGCAUCCCAGUCACGGGCACCGACGGCCGAGUCACGUUUCCGUAUCACUCGGAGACGCUGCUGUCGGAGGGUGACGAGCGCGCGACGAUGGCGCUUGUCGUGCUGCAUGGCGCCUACCGCGAUGCCGACAGCUACUUCUGUGCCAUGUAUGACAUCCAGCAUGAGCAAGGCUACCGCAGUGCGGGCGAGGUGCUCGUCCUCGCGCCGGAUUUCAACUAUCGGAAAGACUUUGGCGUCAAGCCCGGCAUCGCCCAUCGCACCACUCCGCCCGCGGAUUGCCUGCCCACCACCACAACCCAUGGUGACCCUGCAGGCGACGCCUUCUGGAACACUUCUCGGCCGAGCGGCGAUUGGCGCGCGGGCGCGCCCUCGUCGCCGGAGAGCGGGCAUGGCAGGACAGUCUCGUCAUUUGCGGCGGGCCAGCCCGCCUCUCGCUGGAACUGCCAAACAGACCAUUCACUGGUCUCGCCUCUUGGGCAGGUGAUGGACACCUUCGUCAAGCUGCUGAGCGACGAGCGGCUCUUUCCAAAGCUGGAGGCCAUUACUCUGCUCGGCCAUUCCGCGGGAGGCCAGUUCGUGCAGCGUUACGCGCUCAUGACCGUCCUCCCCACGGCGCCCCGUGCGGGGCUUUCCGUGCGCUACGUCAUCGCGAACCCAUCGUCGUUCGCCUACCUGGACGCUUCACGGCCAGUCUACUCAUGCGGCAAGUAUGCCGCCCAUUCUGGCGUGCCGCACCGGGGAUUCUCCGCCGACGAGCCUGGAGCCUUUGUUUGCGGCGACGAAGCGUACAACGCGUGGCCGUACGGAUUGGAUGGCUGGGUGGGGGGUGCCACGGUCAAUCAGUCAAUCGCCAUCUACCCCGAGCGCGACGUCUCGUACCUCAACGGCCAGAACGAUACCUGCAACGACGGUCUGCCAGAGUGUGACUCCGAGUGCUGGCAGAGGGAUAACGAGGAGUCGCCGUGCUUCCGCAACCGGAUGGACACGCGCUGCCCGGCGAUGCUCACCGGGCCGUGGAGAAGGGCGCGCGGCGCGGCCUACAUGGCCUUCCUGCGCAAGUUUUACGGCGCCCCGAGCCGGCCCAUUCACCGGCACUACGUGGUCCCCGGCGCCGGCCACGACGCGAUGGCCGUCUUCGAGUCGGCGGCGGCGCUCUCACGGGUCUUUGGCAGCGGUGGCAACGGGAGCGGCAGAGAGGAGAUAUUGGAAGCCCGGGCGCUGUCUGGGCCGCGCGUGCGGCGCCGCUACCCAAAGAUAGCGGCGGCGCUCGCCUCGGAGCCGGGCGAUGAUCUUGAGGAGGAGCUUGAGAGGGGGAUGGAAAGGUGA